AUGCCGAAGAAGAACCUGGGAUUUCGCUUGAGCAGCGCCAAUGUAUUCCUUCAAGAAAAAUCCCCGGAGAAGAGACAGACGCGAAUGUGUCUGAACUUGCGGCACAAAGCCACCUCUCCUGAAUGGGACCAGACGGCCCUCAGAAGGUCACAGAUAUGCAGACACACAGAAUCCAAAUCUGAGAUCUAUCAGGGAGAUUCUGUACGGAUGCCAAACCUCGAUGGAAGCAACGAGGAAACAGGAAAAUCGGCAUGUGGACAAAGUACUGAAGCGCAUACGAGCAAAGAGGAGUCGGAAGCGGCAACAGGCAAAAAUGUGAGACCGUCGCUCAGGUAUGCCGUGCAACCUUCGAGGCGUGAUUUGUGA